AUGGGAAUGAGGCUCCCAACGGAAAGACAGUGCCAUGGACACGCCCUGCGCCCCCGUGACGAGAUGCCCGCCUGCGGAGAGAUGGUCGCGCCACCCGGCGACGCCCAGCGGCGCUCGCCCAUCUGCCAGUUCUACAGCGGCGCCACCGUCCUCCUCACCGGCGGCACGGGCUUCAUGGGCAAAGUGCUGCUGCAGAAGCUGCUGCGCUCCUGCCCCGACCUGGAGUUCAUCCACCUCAUCAUCCGCACCAAGAAGGGCAAGGACCCGGAGUCCCGCCUCGACGAGCUGUUCGACCGCAUGAAGGAGGAAGUGCCCAAGUGGCGGCACAAGGUGCGCGCGGUGCCCGGCGACUGCGCCGAGCCAGGCCUCGGGCUGAGCGCCGCCGACCGCGAGAUGCUCGCUCGCGACGUCACCGUCCUCUUCCACGGCGCCGCCACCGUGCGCUUCGACGAGAAGCUCAAGAAGGCCGUCUCCAUCAACGUGGUCGGCACCAAGCAGAUCUUGGAGCUGGCGCGCCAGAUGCCCAAGCUCAAGGCCAUGGCGCAUAUUUCUACGGCAUACAGCCACUGCCCAAUACAUGAAAUAAAAGAACAAUUCUACGACACGCCCAUUUCUCAUGAAAAAGUAAUGGAGAUGGCAGACACCCUGGAUGAUGAUACACUCGACCAAAUAACGACAAAGCUUCUUGACAAAUAUCCAAAUACAUACGUCUUCACGAAAGCGCUGGCGGAAGAAGUAAUAAAAAAAGAGUGUCGUGACCUGCCCCUAGUUGUCUUUAGGCCGGCGAUAGUGGUGAGCACGCGCGACGACCCUGUGCCCGGCUGGAUCGACAACUUCUACGGCCCCACGGGCGUGGGCUUCGGCGCGGGCGUGGGCCUGCUCAAGACGCUGCACUGCGACGGCCAGGCCGUGGCCAACAUCGUGCCCGUCGACAUGGCCGUGAACGCGCUCAUCGCGGCCACGUGGGACGUGGCGUGCAACCCCAACGUCCACGACAAUCUCAAAAACAACAACAACAACAAAGAAGAAAAAGACGCCAGCUGCGUUCCCAUCUACAACUAUGUCUCGUGCUGCGACAUGCCACUAACUUGGAACGAAUUUAAGGAAAUGAAUGAGAAAUAUGGAAUUCCCGUUCCGACAGUUCAUUGCAUUUGGUAUUACUCUUUCCGACUUUGCAACAACCGUUAUAUUUACCUCCUGCAGGCACUUUUUCUACACUGGUUGCCAGCACUUCUGAUGGAUUCCAUCCUCUUUGUGUCACGUAAUAAGCCCAAGAUGAUAAAAGCAUACCAAAAAAUUCAUCGCUUCUCUAAUGUUAUCACCUACUUUUCUACUCAACACUGGGAUUUCACUAACCAAAAUGUAAUUGAGUUAUGGGAUCGACUCAGUAAAGAGGAUAAAAAAAUGUUUGACUUUGAUAUGAAAAAACUGGACUGGGAUAAAUUUUUUACUAACUACAUUUUGGGAUGUCGUAUUUACAUUCUCAAAGAUGAUAUCUCCACUCUUCCUCAAGCUCGCAUCAGAUGGAGAAGGUUCUAUUGGGCCCAUCAAAUUGUGAAAUUAGCUUUUACAAUCUUACUACUAAGUUUAACAUGGCAAGUCAUAUCAUUUGGAAAAGAUCUCUUAUUGACUUGAAGAAAACUUAACUUUUAUGUAUUAAGUAAAAACAUAACUUUAUUUAUCUUUUAAUACUGAAAGUAAAGACACAAAACCCACUUCCUCAAGAUUCAAUUGAGAUCAUCAGUUAAAUGGACUUAAAGAUCCACAAAAAAUAUUGGUUAAUGAGACACAAUGUAGCUAUUUUUCAUAUAUUCAUGAGUGAAUUGAAACAGCUUGCAAAUCUCAGGCAAUUCCUAAGAUUCAAAUUGUUUGAAAUGACAUUUAUAGUGUAUUCACAAGAAUUUGAAUUCUGAAUUAGUUCAUAACAACUUUAAAUAAUGUCAAUGAUUUUUUUCUUAAUGUUAUUUUGCUUAUUAGAAUGUUAUUGUAUAAUUUCCGAUAAUGUUAAUAAUAAAUUAUUAAACAAUU